GAAACCGAGGGAGCACCAUGUCUUUCUCCAACCCUGAGGCUGCGCCCCGAGGGCCUGAGCCUGAACCCUUGAGCUCCAAGAAGAAGAAGAAGAGAAAGUGGCCACAGCAGGAGGCCAGCAUCCAAGCCCUCACCAGGGCUGGCCACGGAGCCCUACAGGCCGGCCGGAACCAUGAAGCCUUGACCUGCUUCCAGAGGGCCUUCGUCCUGGCCUCUGAGCCCCCACAAACUCGGGACACCCCUGUUUUCCGGGCCUGUGCCUUCAACCUGGGGGCCGCCUAUGUGGAGACUGGGGACCCAGCCAGGGGCCUGGAGCUGCUGCUGCGAGCCCAGCCGGCAGAGAAGGCACAGGGCAGAGGUCAUGGAGACCAGUGUUUCAACGUGGCUUUGGCCUACGAGGCCCUGGGCAAGCUGCCUCAAGCUUUGGCCUGGUACCGCAGGGCCCUGGGCCACUACCGGCCACUCGGCGACCAGGGACAAGCCCAGGCAAAAAUGGGAGCCUGCUACCGGGCCCUGGGACAGCCUGAGCUCGCAGCCCAGUGUCUGCAGGAGGCGAGCCAGGCCUAUGCCCAAGCUGGGCAGCCCCAGGCCGCAGCCCUGGCCGCGGGGGCCGCAGCGGCGUGUAUGCUGGAGAGCGGCCAGCACGGGGUGGCCGAAGUGGUGCAGAUGCUGGAGGAGAGCCGGAGGUGUGCAGAGAGGAGCCCUGGGAGCAGCCUGCUGGGGCCGCUCUACGUUGACCUCGGCCUGAGCUACUCCCAGCUCCAACUGUUCCCGCUAGCAGCAGAGGCCUUCCUGCGGGCCCUGCCCCUCUGUCAGGGGCCAGGAGAGGAGGCCACAGUGCUGAGAAACCUCGGGGCGGCCCAAAGUGCCCUCGGCAACCAUCAGGAAGCUCGGGACUUUCACCAGAAGGCCGCUGACCUGCAUGGCUCGGUGGGGCAACGGCGGGAGCAGGGACGAAGCUUCGGCGGCCUGGCGUUCGCCCUGAGCCAGCUGGGGGACCAUGGAGCCGCCCGAGACAGCUACCUGCAUGCCCUCCAGGCCGCCCGGGACACCGGGGACACGAAGGGGCAGUGGCAGGCCUGCGAGGGGCUGGGGGCCGCGGCAGCCAGACUGGGGCAGCAUGACCAGGCCUUGCGCUACUAUAAGGAAGCGCUGGCCCGGAGUCAGAAGGAGCCAGACUCCGUGCGGGACCGGCUGGUGGCCAAGCUGGCUGAUGUCAUGAGGACGCACCUGGCGCAGGCUGGGCUUGUCCCAACGUCCACACUGACUUCGGCGCCAGGGAGGACCCAGGCUCCAGGGGUGGCAGCAGGGCCCCCAGCCGGGGCGGGAAGGGGUGGGGCAGAAGUGCCACACAGGUCUUCGAGACGGUGGCAAGAAGAAGAGUGCAUGGAGAGCCAGGAGGAGACAGAGGACCAGCCGCUUCCCGAUGAUGUCCCCGUGGUGUCUUGGGCGCAGAGAGCAGAGUGUCCAAGAACCGGGGCCCGUCUCCUGCUUGGAGGCCAAGGCCCCCUCCAAAAGGAGCACCCUGGCAUCCUGGUACCCAGUGGCCCCCAAGCCAAUAGGUGGUCAGGCUGGCCCAGGGAAGCCCCCAGCAGAAGCCGUCAGAGGAGACCCGCGGAGUCUGGCUUCUGUGUGAUCAUGUGACCCCACUCUGCCGGCCCUGAGUGUGGCCUCUGUGGUUUCUGGGACCAAGGCUCUUCCCCGCUGUCCGGUGCCCUACGGACACACAAGGGAACACCACCGGCAAGAGGGCACCUCUGGGGGCACCUGAGUGGCUCAGUGGGUUAAAGU